AUGGGUAUGUCGUUUUUUAAUUUAAAAAAGAAAAAAAUUUAAACUGUUAAUAUUAGUUUUUUUUAAACUUGUAAAUUUUUUAAACAGUCUAUUUAAAAACUACUUAUUCGAAUUUACUUAACGAUGAAAUAAUUUAGAGUCCCAAAUUAAUUUGAUGAGCUUUCUGCGGUCCAACGGAAUACCAUGUCCGAGAGUUAUCAAAAACAAAUUUGAUGAAAACUUUGCUGUCGUGGAGAUGUGUAAAAAUGGUAAACUCAUCUUUUUAAUCAAGUUUCCAUUUUAUCUUUUUGACUAUGUAAUUUAUCUUUAGAUAUAUGCCAGGUGCGUUACAAAAAAAAUUGGACGUUCAGUCAAAAACAGCGAAUUCUUGUCUGAAAGCGCGCAGAGAGAAAAAGACGUUGUUCUCUUCGCGGCGAGAGAGCAUGGUCUCUUCUAUCUUUUCAGACAAGAAAUUUGGAAUUCUUGUCUAAAUGCCUUUUAGACAAGAAUUCGCGGUUUUUGACUGAACGUCUAAUUUUUUUUGUAACGCACUUGGCAUAUGUAUAUAGUAUAUAUUUUCAACUUUCAUUUAGUGUCCUUGCCAGUUCGUGUGUUUGAAUUUAUGGAAGGAGAAACGUUAGAAUCCGUUGGUUUUACACAAGAAGCAGCCUCAAUAGUUGGUGACUUGUUAGCAAAGUUUCACAACGUAACAGACAAUUUUCAAGACGAUGUUAUUAAAAAACAUGGAGUACCAAUUGCUAUAGAAAAUUACCAAGGGUUAUUAAGAGAACUUCAUUUACUGUUCGGCAAAAAUAUGAUUGAUAAUGAAAAUUCGCAAAUUUGUACUGAUGUUCUUAAAAAACUGGAAAUUGAAAUUUUUCGAAACUAUGAUUUUUUUGAAUACGGUAAAAUUUUGUUACGUUCUUUCUAGCCAACUUUAUCUUCUAAACUUAAAGCACAGUCCGGAUUUGCGUACUAUUGAAAAACAAAUUAAAUAAUUUAGGCCUUAUUCACUCCGACCUGAACGAAACCAACGUUUUGCUGAUCAAAGAAGGCGACAACACAUUAAAAGUUAGUUCGUUGUUGGAUUUCGGUGAUACGCAUUAUUCGUUGCGGUUGUUUGACAUAAGCUCAACAUUACUUUAUAUAUACCUUGGGAUUCAUUCACAAAAUGUAAAAAACAUGAAAAAUCUUGCCAACGCAUUUUUAACAGCUUACAAAAAACAGCGGAAGAACAACAGCUUUAUUAAAGAGGUAUUUGUAACCAUUAUAUAAGUUUACGAAAUACUUUAGAUAAAACACUGCCAGUUAGCAAUGUGUGCACGGCUGAUUUGCAGCUUAUUGUACGGCCUUCGUACAGUUAGAAUAAAUUACAGGGGCGACGAUCCAUCGUAUGUAUUGAAAACACAAGCUAAUGGGUGGACAUUGCUAAAAGUAUGAAUUUUUUUAUAAAAGAGUUUACAACUCAUUAUUUUACAAUAACCUCCCAAUUUUUAACUUAAAUUUAACAUAUUAAAAUUUAUAUAUUUUUAGUUUUUAUCAACAGAGAAUCUUGAUCUGCCUUCAACAAUAAGAACUUAA